AAUUACUUAUGGCUCUUAUAAAACUGGACGGUAGAAGACGUCGCUUCAGUUCUAUACAAAAUCUUUCACGGAGUCUUUCGCGGCAAUUGAAGGAGUAGAAAAGUUCAAAAUGGACAAACUUGUGGAAAUUCCUUUAGACGAUCUAAUUGCCCUUCGUGAAAAGUAUCGACUAAGGCUUGCGGACCAGGGACUCGGAUUCUUUGUACUUAAUAAUUACAUUAAGUGGCUGCAACAAGACCCGAAUAUGGGGAACUUUCACACAUAUAGUUUGAAUGGUGACUGGAGUGAUGGAACAUUUGUUACAAUAAAUCAUAAUCAGAUUUUCGGUGAUACACUCAAUGAAGACAAAAGUCGUUUAACAAAGAGUCUCUGUUUGCUCGACCUUGAUCCGAAGAAGCAUUACCGAUAUAACUAUAAGGAACCCGUCCGGCCAGCAGUGUGGGAUUUUAUCAAACAGAGGAGUUUGAAGACGGGCCUCGAAUGGAAAUUCCUGUGGUACUACUUGACCCCGGAAUGUGGAGCAAAAGUUGUUGUACCCGAGUUGCCGAAAGGCUUCGUCGCAGGACUUCUUACUGAAAAGGAUAUAUCAGCAGUAAAUAGUUCUUGGCCGUUUCACUUUGAUGAUUCAAUAAAACGAUUACAAUGUCUGCACAAGUAUAAUAUUCAGAUGGGGAUCUAUACGGAGAGUGGAGAGUUGGCUGGUUUUUCCUUAAGGUACGAGUUCGGUGCACUUGCCGUUCUACAUGUAAAUGAACCAUUUAGAAAACGAGGACUUGGAACAUACCUUGUGAAAGCUAUGUCUAAGAAAAUUGGAGAAUGUGGAGAAUAUACAACUUCAGGUAUUGAAGAAGGAAAUGUAGCUUCCAUUGGGCUGUUUGAAUCAAUAGGUUUUAAGAAGAAUGGUUUUUUAUAUUAUUUAGAAAUAUUGCCAUCCAAUGAAUAGAAUAAUAAAAAAAUCCCAAACUUGUUUUGUCAGUUUA